AUGGGAGGCAAGGCAUUCUCUCGUUCGGAUCCUCCUCUGGAGACUCCUCGCAUGCCCAAGGAGGUUUAUCUUGAAGUCAAGAAUAAAGUCGUUCGCGCUCUAACCCCUGCUUUUGGCUGGAUCGAUUCCCCCCUUGACGGUCCUGGUAAGAAAGACUUUGGCGACAUCGACAUCAUCGUCUCUGGCCUCAACGGCGGUGACAUGCGCAAGGAGAGCGUCCUCACUCUCGUUAACCAACUUCUUGAGGCCGAAGCUCAAAUCACCGAGCCAGGAAGCGCUGUAUCCGCUCAUUUUGCUAUCCCUUGGCCCAAAGACCUUCCUCAGCCUGAUAUUCAUUACCCGCUUCAGGACGAUGCUUCCAACGCGCUCGAGUCCUCUGCUACUCCUCUUGGAGCCAUCGCAUCUGCUGGCACCCCUUCUGUUGAUUUGUCUCGUCCUCAGUCUGGCGCCCAAGAAACUUUCGAGUCCAACGCCGAGCCUCUAAGUCUCAAACAGCUACGAGAAAAGGAAAAAGAACUUCCUCAGCAUGUCGUAGCUAGCCAAAAUGAACUUGCUAUGGACUUGAUGGCAAACAGCCCUGGUUCUCAACUUGGAACUCCAAGCCCACAUGGAACUUUCUCCCCUAGCCCUGAUUCCGGCACAAACAAGAGAUCUUCAUGGUCUAUCAAAGGCAAAAAGCUUUCCAUCCCACAUUCUCGCAAAUUCUCUUCUUUUGCAAACCUUGUCAGCAAGAUUGGUCAGUCCGGCUGGAACUCUGCAGACAGUUCCGAUGACGAGGGUAAAAAGAAGAAGGGUACAUCUUCUACUUCAAACUCGAUCACUGAUCGAAAGUCCGGCUUCUUCAUCCAGGUUGAUGUCCACUACUGUGCCACUGUUAAGCAGGCUAAGUACCUACGCUUCCACCAAGCUCACGGUGAUAUGUGGCAACUCCUCGGAUCCGUCAUCAGACCCUUUGGACUUACUGUUGACAACGUGGGACUCUGGAUUCGCAUCCCCGAAGUUGAACUCGUUGACAAGAAAAGGGCUAAGAUCCUGCUUACUUCUGUCCCUAACCAGAUCCUUGAUUUCAUCGGAGUCUCUGCCACAGAGUACUGGCGACCCUUUGCAGAUGUUGACGCCAUGUUCCGAUACAUCUCCAAGUGUCACAUGUUCUACGUACCUUCUGACUAUGCUGCGGACAAUGAGCUAGCCUCUGCCAAGUCCAACGAUCGCCAGCGCCUGGCCAAGCGUCCUGUCUACGGACAAUGGAUUCAUGAGUUCAAGCCUCUUUGCCGUUCUCAAGGUCUCUUCUCAAAGGCUCUCACAACUCGUGAAGACGUUAGAAACAAAGCGUUUGAAACCUUCAAGAUCGAAACGGAAUACCACCAACGACUCCGCGAAUUUCUCUUCGAGAAACAGAAGAACGAAAUCAUCAAGGAGAUCCGCAACAUCUUCCCGGCUCCCGCUCAGCCUACGAACAAAAAGGCUGUUCAGAUGCGUACUCUUCACAUUAAGGCUAUGAAAGAGAUCAUCAUCGAGCGUGUCGAGGCACCCCGCUACAACAUUGUGGCACCCAACGGCCUGCGACUUCCCAACGGCCUGUUCAACAUGGAUCGUGUCCGGGCUUUUGCCCGCACCAUCGCGAACGACGUCGUUGCGGCGGUCGAGCGACGCAACAACCCCCGGGCAAGGGGAGGGCCUGUCCCCCAAGCCCGACCAGGCAGGGACGCCCGGGCUAUCACGCCCGAGAUCCCUCUCCCGCGGGGCGGCCCUGCCAUCAGGGGUCGGCCUCCUGGAGGGGCCUAG